AUGUUCGCAGCAAUACUGGGCCAACUCAUGACGGCGAUAGCAUCCACGCAGCUCGAGCGGGGGACUUCCAUUGAGCUCCUUGAGCACCUACUCGGGACGCGAUCCUUGGGGUCUGCUGUACUUGUUGUCGCCAAGUUCAGAAUCAUGAACAUCUGGCUACCCUUCAUCAUCGCAGCCUGGCUCCUGUCACCCCUUGGCGGUCAAUCUUCUUUGCGGCUGGUGUUCUCUGGCCCGCUGUAUCACAACACCAACACCAGUUUUCAUUACUUGGACACUCGGCUCUCGAAUCCCGCCCUUCAGGGUGCCGACGACGCUAACUUUUUGAACCCAUCAAUCCGCUCGACAUUCAUGGCAGCUCUCAGCGCCCCCAGUAGUCUUAAAAACAGCAGUCAGGACAUAUACGGCAACAUCCACAUUCCUCAGUUGGAGGCUAUCACGAGCGAGCCGGCCCUCGAUGGUUGGUACAACGUUAGCAGCUUCAGUGGGCCUUAUGUCUCUCUUCUCGGGAUACCUGUGGCGGGAAUAGCCCCUGAUGUCAACUCCACGUUCACCUUAGAGACGUCGUACUUUACUCUCGAAUGCGGCUUCGGGACUGGGCAGGUCUGGAAUUCCUCAAACGGCUGUCCAGAUUGUACAACGGAUACCUUUGCGUCGGAGACGAUUAACAACCCGGAACCAAUCCGCAAUUUUAAGAUUCGAGAAAACUUUGUCGACCACGUAGAUCUUUCUGUACCCGCUACCAUCGAGCUUCAGAGCCGAUACACCACUGACGACACCGGUAGAUACAUAGUCCAUGCAUCAUGUCCGAUCAGAACCAGUUACGUGGAAGCCGCCGUGGAAUGCCAGCACACAUCCUCCAACUGCGCUGUGACAAGGAUCCGGAGAUCCACUCUCAGUCACCCGCCCGCGACGGAGACUACCUUUGACUGCUCUAUGCGAAUUGACCGGGGUAGUAUCUGUCCCCAGAACAUCCGCUUGCUUUUCUUCUCAGGAUUGAUGAACACAGUGCCGACACCGAUCGACGGCGAAUACUCCGCGCUCGAACGCUUCUUUGUCCUUCCGGACUCGCCCUUUGAUUUGUACCAACAGGCCGUUGACCUUGGAUCGGUCAGCAAUGUUCUCUUCUCUCGCAGAUUUGCACAACUACUCAAUACUUACUGGCUGGUCUAUGUUGGUCCAUUUGCAGUCGCCGGAAACUUUUCGUCCGCCGCCGACGGAACUGGUGCCGACGGCUAUGGUGACGACAGCUAUGUAGCGACGGCUUCUGAAGGGACUCGACAGAGCAUGGAGAUCGUGUUGUACUUUGACCCAGUCUGGGCAAUCUGUCUAGUACUGGUCUCCUUCUUUCUCAUCACGGCUGGUCUGUUAACGGCGUAUCUCGAGGCAACUCGGAAGGGGCCUUCAGUUCUGGACACCUUCUUAAGCUCACAGAGAGACAAUCCAUACACUUCCGUCCACCGAGAUAAUCCCAUGGAAGAUGGUGCGGACACAGUUCGAAGGUCUCGGUACCAAAAGAUUCAACUGGGAGAUGUCAUGCCAUUGGAAGAAGUUGGACACGUCUCCAUUGCCACUGCGGGGGCUGAUCAGCCUGUCAAGAGAUUGAACAAGUGGCGGCUGUAUCGAUGA